AGAUGAUCUUAACUUACUAGUAAACCUCUUUAAAAAAUUAUGCUUAGCACCAAUGCCAUGGAUACCUAAAGCCUACAAACUGUUAACAAUUGAUGGCAUCAACUUGAAGAUGAUUCCACUGGACCCUAACAAUAAUUCAUAUUCCCAGAUAACUAGUUCCAGUCCACCCUGCCAUACAACAUGCCCAAAUGGAUACAGCAGGACAAUGGUUGUCAAAUGUUGUUAUAGUUGUACAGAAUGUCAAGCUAAUACAUUUGCCCAUGACUCAACAUGUAAGCCCUGUGGAAAUGGAACAUGGUCCAGUGCUGGAAGUACAGAAUGCAAGAAUAAAACCUCGAAUUAUUUAGCAUAUAGUAAUGCUUAUGGCAUAACAUUUCUGACUAUUUCAAUCAUUGGUUUGAUUCUGACUAUCUUAGUGAUUGCAGUUUAUAUAAAACAUGCAAACACUCCUAUUGUUAAAGCCAGUGGAGGAUUCAUAUUUGUUUGCAACAUGGUAGGCCACAUCUGUUGUUUUUUUAGUGUAUUAGGUUUUCUUGGUGAACCUACAGGCUGGAGAUGUUUAGCCAGAGAGACUGUGUUCGGAAUUAGCUUUGCUAUAUGCUUGUCAAGCAUAUUGGCCAGAAGCUUCCGAAUACUAAGUGCAUUUUUUAUUUCAACUGAACGACCAUCACCAUUUCAAAAACAUUUUUCUCUUUGUAUCAUUUUGAUAGGUACCUUAAUUCAAGUCACAAUCUGUGUAAUAUGGGUUACAGUUGACCCUCCCAAAAUUCGUAGAAUUGACACACAAGACACACAUGACCAGACUGACAUUAUUUGCCGUAGCAAUUCACCAUACUGGCUUAUUGGUGUAAUUGGUUAUUUGGUUCUCUUGGCUUUGAUAUCAUGUCUUUGUGCAGUAAAGUCCCGAUCUCUUCCUUCUAACUUCAAUGAUGCCUCAGAGAUUGCAUUUAGUAUGUUGGCAUUCCUUGCAGUGUGGAUGUGUACAAUUCAUAUCCUAGCGACUGAAAAAUAUAGCUUAACACAAACUGUAAGCAUUGUAAUUGCUAUACUGGUUUCUUCUUUUUCUUGUUUAGGGUUCUUGUUUUUCUACAAAUGCUACAUUAUGGUUUUUAAGCCAGAAAAAAACACAUCAGAAUGGAUUAAAAAAUCAGUCUUUGAAUAUUGCCAAAAAAUAUCAGGUAUUAAAAAUAUGAGUUCAGUCACAGAUACUUCUGAGUCACCAGACAACAGCUCUAAUAUAAAGAAUGGAAUUAGGCAAGACAAAAGCAUUGAAACAAGUAACUCCUUCAUUGAACAAAGCUGA